UUUUGAAAUCGCGAUAUGCAUCACCUGCGUAGCGUGUUUACGAAGGAGAAAGAAGAAAAGGCGAAAUUUAAAUUGGAAUCAAAAGAAAAAUUAAAAGAUGACAAGAAAGAGAAAGUAAAAGAUAAAGAUAAAGAAAAAAUUAAGGAUAAAGAAAAGGAGAAGGUGAAAGAAAAAGAUAAGGAUAAGAAAGAUAAGAAACUGACGAAAGUCCCAUCGACAGUAACUACAGGGGUGCCAUUUGAAGAGAUUUUUACUCUUGGAGUCGCUCUGCCAAUAUUCGGAGUUCCAUUGCAACAGUCUGUGGAACGUUCGAGAUGUCACGACGACACCGGGCUACCACUGGUUGUGAGGGACAGCAUCGAUUACUUGCAGGCUCACGGUAUAAAAUCCACUCAGAUGUAUCGCACGGAGCCGGAUAAAAUAAAACUGCAGCAAUUGCGGAAACUCUAUACGGACCGCGGGCCCACAUUCCCUUACCAUUGGGAUGUUGCAGUCGCGUGUGCUAUGCUCAAGAGCUUUAUUAGUGAACUCCCCGAGUCCAUUCUCACGCAAGAGUUGCACGGCCAGUUCGAGCAGGCCACGGCUAUAGCCGAGCCGCAGAGAGAGGCGACCAUGCUGGCCCUCGUCGACAAGCUGCCGGCCGCCAACCACAGCCUGCUGGCCUGGCUCAUGAGGCACUUUGAGAGCGUUUUAGCCAAUGAACAGAUAAAUCACGUGAAUAUUCAAAUUCUAUCGAAUGCAAUGGGUCCAGCGUUGAACAUGUCACAGAAUCUACUAUCGUACCUCAUCAGCAAAGCAGAUAAACUCUUCCCAGAUGUUCGUUUGACUAAAUACGUGCCACCGCUCCAGUCGAUACCGGCCGACUUCCCGGAGACAGCUGGUGAGAUCAGCUCGGAGCUGCGCAAGCAGGAGUCGCUCCUGAGCCAAAUCCACUCGGAAAUGCACGCGGGCUUCACGACGCCGGCGCGCGACCAGCAGCUGUGGGAGGCGCAGAGGAUCGUCACGCAGCUUAAGAGAAAACUACGGGCAGUUCAAAAAUCUGUUGAGCCGCACUCGUUGUCAAAUCAGCAGCCGUCGAUCGACGACAAACAGGAAGAUGCUCAAACCACACAAACAAACGAACAAACUGACGAAGAACAAAAGAGACAAGAAGAUACAUCGAGCAAUGAUGUAACAGAUAAUAAAGAACCAGAUGUACCAGUUCAAGAUCCAACAUUCCCUGUAGACUUUGACUCGCCCAACGCGGACGCAUUUCCCGUAGAAUUCGAAGAUAAUUUCGAUUUUAAACCAGAAACUAAAGAAACAGAAGCAGUGGAUGUCAUAGAGAAACCGAAAUUCACGGAAAAAGAACUGAAAGUACUAAGACUGCAAUUGGAAAACGCGGAAUAUCUCCAGCUCAAAUCACUGCUGCAGGCGAAAAUCAAUUCGGAACAGUUUGAAAUUGUUAAACUUAGGAGUCAUGUUGCUUUGAAGAAUAAACAAGAAGGUGGCUUACACAAGGAAAAGGAGAACAGUACUCAAGAAGACCAGGAAUUGAAGCAACGGUUGAUUAAAGAAAAUGCUCUGUUGGAGCAAAAACGACUCGCUUUAGUUAAUCAGAUAUUCCAAGAGAGAGUCGCGUGUAUUCAAUUGAAGAUUGAGCUGGCUAUGAAGGAGAUUAUGUCUAAGUCGUAAUUUAUGUAUAAUUUAAGGAAAAUAUAGAUCUAUGUAUUUAUUGAUUAUGUAAUAGAAAUUAUGAAA